AUGGCCCUCAAGUUCCUGGCUUGGCUGGGUCUCACCAUACAGUUUGCUUCUGCAGACUGGCAAUUCCUUUCGCGUCCCGAUCUCGCCCCUCCCAUCUUGAAUAUCACGGUGCCAGCUACAACCCAAGCAGAAUCCGGGUACAUCUUUGUAGCACCUAAAGGUCAGCCCGGGGCAGAUGCCACUAGCAGUGGUCCUGAGCAACCUGGUCCCCAUAUCUUUCGCGAUGAUGGAGAGCUAGUCUGGUCUGGUGUCGGCUACUAUGGUGGCUAUGUCAUCGAUUUUGGGGCCAUCAUGCUAGACGGCAAACCUGCGCUGCGAGCGUUUCAAGGAUCAUUAGAUCCACAGCAUGUGCGCAUGAAUGGCCACCACACAGUACUCGAUAAUAUGUACCAGACCAUCAGUGUGGUUAGGGCAGCGUCACACCGCUUGGUUUCGGGCCAUGAAUUUAACGUGAUUGAUGGUAGAACAGCUUUGGUUGAGAUCUUGGUCCCAGUUCCAACAAACCUUAGCAUUUACGGAGGCGAUUAUGGACAGCAAUGGGUCAUCUCAGCCGGGUUUCAAGAGAUCGAUAUACAAACUGGCCAAUUGAUUUUUGAGUGGUAUAGCUUAGACCAUGUUAGCCCCGAAUACAGCGCAAUACCCCUACAGUCAGAGGGUCCAUACAAUGCUCGCAGUGCUGUGAGUGGCUGGCACUAUUUCAUGAUCAACAGCGUGGACAAAGACAGCGAAGGAAAUUACCUAAUAUCAGCCCGCCACUAUUCAGCAAUUUACAAGCUCAACGGUACCACUGGUGAGAUAAUAUGGCAACUAGGCGGACGUCACGGAUCUGAUUUUCACAUUCCAUCCAACCUGGAGUUUGCCUUUCAGCAUGACGCUCGUAUAAGGUACCAGUCCCCCGAUGGCUCCAUUGAACGAAUCUCAUUUCUUGAUAAUGCGAACGGUAGUCCAGACCCCAGUCAUGACACCGGCCUGGUCUCCAAAGCUCGGUAUAUUGAGUUGAAUCACACAGCAAACACAGUUUCAGAGAUCUGGACAUACCCAGCCCCAGAUGGUAUGAUUGCAAAUUCUCAAGGAAAUGUCCAAUUUCUACCCAAUGGCAACACGUUUGUGAACUGGGGCCAGACGGGCGUUAUUACAGAACACUCGGAAAAUGGGACUAUAUUAUAUCAAACCCACGUGGACUCGUACCCAAGCCAGAAUGUUCACAGCUAUCGGGCAUUUCGAUCAAACUGGACCGGUAUCUCUAGCGAAGAACCCGCAGUGCUAGCUUUGAGAAAGAAAGAAGGGGGUCUCUUGGUGUGUGUAUCGUGGAAUGGUGAUACCGAAACAAAAGCCUGGCAAUUCCACCUGCGCGAGAACCAGUCCGGUCAGAAUGUCAAUAUUUUGGGCGUGCAAGCCCGGACAGGUUUUGAAACCAAGUUCGAAGCCAACGUCAACUGGUCUUUGGAAGUGCUUCGGCAAUAUUCUGUUGUUGCCGAGGCCUUGGACUCCACUGGGCAUUCUAUAGGGCUCAGCCGACCGAUACGUAUUCAAGAUGAUGCUCCGUUCCGCGCUCAUAUUGACGGGAUACAGGUCCAAGCCGCCGGGAGAAUCAGUGUUCCCCAGGAACGCAUGGAGCUAUGA